AUGUCCUCACGAAUCUCCUUUGUUGCCGGUUGGCGUGGUGUCUUCACAUUUCUCCUGCUCUUCUUCCUGUCGACCCCCUCCACGGCAGGCACUGCCUAUGUUACUAUCGACGAGGCCAAUGGUGAAGAGGUCAGUGUUCCUGAUGAUCGUCGUCCAUCCCUAUACACCAAGGACUUUGGCGACUGCCAGAGCGACUCGAUUAUCCAGCUGUCCCGUUUCGAUGGCGCCUUCUUCCGUGAUAACAUGACCGUCACCAUCAACAUGGAUGGGACCACGACGGCCGAAAAUGAGAAUGUGAUGCUCUACAUUGAGGUCUACGCAUACGGAGAGUUGCGUUUCCAAUUGACUUUCAACCCCUGCUCGUCGAAUAUGGCGAGCCUGUGCCCACUGAAGGCUGGCGUCCCUGUGCAGAUCAGUGAGGUCAUUCCCGUGAGCUCCAGCGAGAUCUCUACCAUCCCCACCAUAGCCUAUACCAUCCCGGACUUUGAAGGACAGGUUAUCGCGCGAAUCUUCUCCAACACUACUGAGUCUCAGGCCGCCUGUACGACUGCUGUUCUCACUAACGGCUCCUCCUUCCGCCAUCCCAAGGUCGUUGGCGGACUGCUCGGAGGCUUCGCGGCGCUCGCCCUCGUCGCCUCUGCUGUCGCAGCCAUGUACGGCAACGAUCUCGCCACAACUCGCAGCCAUUAUGCGCACUCCCUGUCCACCAUGGUUGUCUUCUCUGUUCUCCAACACAUUUUCUUCUCGGGCAUACUCUCCAUGAACUGGCCCAGCGUCGUGGUCGCGUUCUGGUCCAACUACGCUUGGUCAGCAGGGAUGAUCUACAGCAGCAAGAUGCAGCAUACUAUCAGUGCCUUUCUGGGGGGUGACUACGGCAACAUCGGCAUGCUCGGUGCUGCUGCUGCGUACACCACUGUCUCAGAUCUUGGGGGCGGCUAUGAUAUCGACAGGCUGUACCCGGGUGCCAUCGCUUCUCUCAGGAAACGGAGUAGCAGCAGCAGCAGUAACAGCUCUACAUCCGACAGUACCUCGUGGUAUGGUGGCCCCGUGAAAGCAGGCCUGCCGUUGCCGGGCAAUUACUCGGGCUUUGCUGGCACCCUCGCACAGGAGGGCAUCCCCGCAUCCAACGCGUUUAUGACCGGAUUUCUCUGGCUGCUAGUAUUGAUCGCGCUGGUCCCGGUGUCCGUUGCGCUGUUCCGAUUGAUGAUUGCAGGCCUCGGUCGAAUCAAGCUGGUGAAUAAGGAAAACUGGAUUCAUUUUCGGACGCACUGGCUGAGGUUCGCGGUCUUCGCCAUGCUCCGAACCACGCUUAUUGCUUUCUUUAUGACCAUGGUCCUGACCAUGUUCCAGUUCGCAUUCAAUGGCCCGGCUGGAGUCCUGGCUAUUGCAGCCAUUGUCUUUAUAAUCUUUCUGCUUGGGCUGGCAGGGAUCUCAGCCUACGCACUGUACUGUCGGAUGCGUGGCGGCCGUUUUGUCUCCGAAGCGGAUAGACUGCUCUUUCGUGGAGAGAAAGUGCUUUUCUGCGUGCCGUGGAUGAGUGUCUGGCGGGCCAGCCGCGUCCCAGACAUGGAGGCCUUCACCCACGUUUUGGCCAGCCUCCCCUGGUGGCGGCUGAGCUAUGAUGCAGACCCGAAGUUGGAACCCGUCCACGACGACAUCGACUACCUGAUGAAGUUUGGGUGGCUGUAUGCACGCUUCCGACGGUCGAAAUGGUUCACAUUCACCAUUUGGCUUGCUUACGAGUUCGUGCGCGCGUGCUUUUUCGGCGGCGCCGUGGCUCACCCCCUGAUCCAGGUGUUUGGACUGCUUGCUGUUGAAAUUAUCUCCUUUGUUGGCGUCGUCUGGCUGCGGCCCUUCCAGGCUACCCGUCUGAACGCCCUGAUGGUCUACCUGCUUGGGUUCAGCAAGGUGGCGACGCUCGCGCUAUCUGCGGCCUUUCACCCUCGCUUUGGUCUCAGUCGUAUUCUAACCGCUGUUAUUGGUAUCGCUAUUAUCAUCAUCCAGGGCAUUCUGACCAUCCUCCUCAUUGUCUCCAUCCUUCUUGGCGCCGUCUCGACGUACAUGUCCCUCACGCGCGACCGUGAUAUUGAACAGUUCAAACCACGCUCCUGGAGACCUAUGCGAAUGCGAUACCUGGCGCACGUCGAAAAAAGCGCUCUUGACCUGCCCCCCGCCCCGCGGCCACCCACACCACCACCGCCCCCAACACCCGAGGAGCCUAAAGGGCCCUCUUUCGCGAUCCUUUCUGUGAAACGAUACCCGAAAAUCGAAGAUGAAGACACCGAUAACUGGACAUACACUCAAUCCAGUCAGCACCCCUCCAACCUCUCUCUCGACCGAUCCAUUACCCCGUCACCCACCCCGAGCCCAAUAACGGUCGACAAGAACCCACGCCGCUCGACCUCCGUACAGUCCCGGCGCGGCAACCCGAAUCUCCCCUUUGGAGCCCGCCCCUACCGCUCCAGUUGGACCAGCCAUGACUUUGAGAGAUGGCGCAAGGACCACGAUGGACCAUUCGAAAACACAGAAGGAGAAGAAAUGAAUGAAACCGCCUCUCUCUCCUCGGAGGACCACUCCACUCUAGCUCCCUCCCGUCUCUCGCGGGACAGCACGGCGAGUCUCCGUCGCGCCCGGAACCUCAAACGUGCCUCGUCGACUCUAUCGCGCAGCGACAGCCCCGGGGCAGAGGCGUCCCUGUCCACCUUCUUACGGACGCGGAAUAGCGCCGUGCUGGACGAUGUGAAUGAGGAUGCGAGGGAGCACCGAGAAAACGAAGAAAUUGCUACUCCACCCCCUGCACAUGAAGCUAGCUCAUGA